AUGGAAAUAAUAAAAGAAUUUAAUAAUAAAGGAUUUGUGAUAGCUAAAGAAAAAAUUCAAAAAAUGCCACCGUAUAUGUAUUUAGGACAUAAAAUAAUGACAGCUUAUGCCUCGCCAGUAAUUCCAAAAUUGCCAGAAAUGGAUAAAUGUACUUUAGUACAAUUACAACAAUACUUGGGUUCAAUUAAUUGGGCACGUCCAUAUAUGGGGCUGACUACAGGUCAAGUACAACCAUUGUUUGCACUUUUGGCAGGAGGAAAAGAACCCGCCACAGUGCUGACAAUUGGAGAAAAGGAAAGACAAUGUAUUCAACUAAUUCAAACUGCCAUGACAAAGAGAUGGGUAGAUAGAAUGAUUCCACAAGUACCCCUUUCGGCAGCUAUUUUUAAUACUGAAAAUUUACCCACAGGAUGUUUAUUACAAAUACAGCAGAAAAAAGCCUUUGUUGUUGAAUGGAUACAUUUAGCCAAUACUCCAAAAAGAACAGUUUCAACUAAGCCGCUACUGUUAUCUCAGAUAAUAUUGAAGAUUAGAGAAAGAACCCGAGCUGUAAUAGGAAUGGAUCCAAUAACGAUUUAUGUUCCAUAUCCACUGCCAUGGUGGGAAAAAUAUUUUCAAAUAUCAGAUGAACUUCAAUUGGCCCUAAGUGAUUAUGUAGGAGCAAUUAAAUACCAUCUUCCUACGGAUUAUAGAUUUUUGCUACUUAAUCAGCAACAUUUGCAAUUAAUCUCAUUACAAAGUAAAAUGCCAAUAAAGGGUGCGGUCACAGUCUUUGCCAAUGGUACAAAAAAUAGAGGUGCCUGCGUGUAUCAAAUUCAAGGACAAUGGGUAGUUUAUCAUACUACCCCUCAGAGUUCGGCUCAACGUUCAGAGUUGGCUGCCUCAAUUUUGGCUUUUGAAAAGUUGAAAGAUCAAGAAUUUAAUUUGAUUGUGGAUUCAUUGUAUGUUUUUCAAAUAAUUAAUGAUUUGUUUGAUGCCUAUCUUUCACCAGUUUUAGAUAAACAAUUGUUAAGUAUGUUUGUACAAUUACAGCAAUUAAUUAUGGAUAGAAAAUGUCAAUAUUUUUUGGCUCAUAUUAGAAGCCAUCAGUCACUUCCUGGAAUAUUAACAGAAGGAAAUUAUUAUGCAGAUAAAGCCACUAGGGAAGGUUUUAUCGCGUUUGUAACUCCUUGGGAAAGCCAUGAAUAUUUUCACCAGAAUGCAAAAGCACUAAUGAAAAUGUUUAAAAUUUCAAAAAUGGAAGCCACAGCAAUAAUACAACAAUGUCCUACCUGUAAUAAGCAGGGAGCAUCAAUUCCUAUGGGAGUUAAUCCCCGAGGAAUCAAUCGCUGUGAAAUAUGGCAAAUGGAUGUUACUCAGUACCCUCCUUUUGCACCCUGGAAAUAUAUUCAUGUUACGGUGGAUACCUUUUCAGGAUUUAUUUUUGCAACCCCACAGCGAGGAGAAACAACCAAACAAGUGAUUAAUCACUGUAUGCGUUCCUUCUCAGUUUUAGGAAGUCCAUUGGAAAUUAAGACAGACAAUGGACCUGCAUACAGUAGUGCUGCCUUUGCCACCUUCUGUGAUCAGUGGAAGAUUGUUCAUAAAUUUGGAAUCCCAUACAAUUCCCAAGGACAAGGAAUAGUAGAGAGAGCAAAUUUGACAUUAAAAAUGAUGCUUGAAAAGCAGCAAGAUCCUUUUAAAAUAGGGUUGCCUGAAAUUCAAAACCGUUUGAGUAAAGCCUUGUAUACUCAGAAUUUUUUAAAUCUUACAGGCUCGCCUAUAGCCUCUACAGCAGCGGAUAGGCAUUUUCGGAACAGUGUAGUUUCUCCCCGCCCUCUUGUUUAUUACAGACAAUUGCCGGAUCCUCAGUGGAAAGGACCCGUGGAACUCGUUACCUGGGGAAGAGGUUACGCUGCAGUACAACUCCCGGAUAAGGUUUUGUGGGUCCCUGGUAGAUGCAUACGACCGUUUCAUGAAAAAUCGGUAGAAACGGAUAACAAAAAGGAUCCAGAAGCAAGCCUGUCACUUUUGUUCCAGGCAACAGACUAUAAUUGGCUAUUGUGGCCAAUGUGUUGGUUCUGCCUUUGCCCCUGUGAAGCCUGUUGUUGCUUCCAUUGCCCCUACUGUGUGCUUUGUAAUCUGUGUAAAAUCCCAUGUGAUAUUGUGAUAAUUGAACAGUGUCUUCAGGAACAUUUUUUCCUAUACCAAUCCAUCCCAUACCGACCUUCGCCUUACACCAACAGUGCAACAGGCCAUUGA